UGGUCAAGAGGAGUUGGUGAGUGGAGGAGCCGACGACGACGGGUCAUUCCCGCAACGAUCUUUCACAUCUCUCAAAUUCAACUUUACGGUGCGCCAAAUCGAACGACUGUUGAAUCUCCGAUCCGAUGAGAUCAGGCAUGGCGGCGGCGAUCUCUCACCCUCACCUCUGCUGCCUUCAUCGCAGCCCCUACCUCCGGAGUCGCUCCCUCACCUACACUCCCCUUCGCUCCAAGUUAUCAGUUGUUAUGAGUCUGGAGAGGCAGGGCGCAGAUACUGCUGGUUCUGACGCCAAAAAUAGCCUGAGUUAUGCAGCUGAUAUGACAAAAUUGCAUGUAGAAGAAAAACAGGAGCCAUAUUCAAAAAAGGACAACCAUGAUGCUGAAAAAGCAGGGCUUGCAGAGGAAGGUGUUGCUCAACAACAGAAAAAAACUGCUAAAAUUCAUGAUUUUUGUUUAGGCAUUCCCUUCGGUGGGUUUGUUUUAGCUGGAGGGAUUAUUGGAUUCCUUUUUUCACGGAGUCCUGCAACACUGAGCAAUGGUGUGCUCUAUGGGGGUGCUUUACUAUUCCUCAGCACGUUUAGCUUGAAGGUCUGGAAGCAAGGAAAAUCAAGUUUACCAUUUAUUCUAGGACAAGCAGCAUUAUCUGGGAUCCUUAUUUGGAAAAACUUUCAGAGCUACUCAUUGGCAAAGAAAUUAUUUCCAACUGGCUUCACUGCUAUUAUAAGUUCUGCAAUGCUCUGCUUUUAUUUAUAUGUUCUUAUCUCUGGAGGAAACCCCCCACCUAAGAAAUUGAAGCCUUCUGCCAGCGUUGCAUGAUGAGAUAAUCAAGGUCAUGUUGGCCUAUAGAAUAUGGAAGAUGUAAUUUUAUACUUUUCUGUGAAUUUAAAUAAGGUUUUAAGUUAAUUUGGCCAUGCCACUAUGGUGAAAGUAGGUCAUCAAAGAGGUGCCAAUGUGAUUUUUGCAUUAGAUUAUUCCUAGGCAUUUAUUGAAUUUUAUACUAGCUAUGUGAAAUUUAAUGGAAAAGCUCAUUUUGCUUGUUACA